UUUAUUUUACAGUAUAUGUCUGAUAGUAGCAACAAAGUAUCGUCAAUAUGCCGUAUCCAAGCUAUGAAUUUCAUAUCUGAUACUCAAUUGCAUCAGCCAAUGGCAUUUCAAUCGAAUGAAUUCAGCAAAAUGAGGAAUUGAGGCUCGUUAUGGCGGGGUUGUGCUGGAGCUAUGCGAAAUCAUAACUAUUGUCUCAACUUCGGGUUGUUAUCGUUAUCAGACCAUACCCACUAUACAAGCCACAAGCCACCAGCCAGGCCCAUUCAUAGCCGUUAAAGAUCGGCAAGGAUCAACGACCUGCCAGCGCGUCGCGCCGAGUCCAAGCUUAAUCCUCUCAAAUGCGAUUGCACAAAGCCACUCAGACAUUUGAUUGACCUGGAUACAACUAGUUACACAGAACUCGGUAGGCUUGGCGGAGGAUAUUCGCAAGGUCGCGAUGCCUCCACCUUCACCAUUCUCUCUGCGGCCAUGGCCAACCGGCGACAAGAAGCCCAAGACAAUGGGCGAGUUCAUCGCGCGGGCCAACGCCGGACCAGGCGGCUUUAGGAGUCUCAAUGCCGAUGACCUCCGGGCCCAGAUCGAAGCUCGCAAGACAGGCACCACGCCCGUAGAGCCGAGCGCCGAAAUGGAAAUCGAUGCGGCCAGCGACUCGGACGAAGAAGGAGACAAUCAAACCAUGACAACUGAGGCAUUGAGAAAGGCUCGAGACGAAGUGCUGAAGAACAUUGAAAUUGCUCACCAAAGCGCUAUGAUGACCCAAGACUUGGUGUCCCUGCUGAUGUCCAAAGAAAACCCCACGACGGCCAAGACAACCAUAUCUCCUCACAUUGCCUCUCUCAAGUUAAUUGGUACAUUGGGUGCCGACAAGCUAGCUGCUCCCCAGGUGAACGCCGCUAGGAUACUUGACGGCAAGACAAUGGCUACGGGUUGGAAGCUUAUUGAAGUUGACAAGACUGUCGACUCCGUUAUGGUGGCUGCAACCCGGCUCCAAAAAGAAAUUUCGCUUGAAACUGCAUACUGGGCAGAGGUUCUUGGCGUCAGUGAGAAGGGCUGGUCCGUAUGUCGCCUGCCGUAUGAAAAACAAACCUUGGGCGUCAGAUUUGGCUUUUCAGAGUCGACCCCUGAGUUUCAAAAGAAGAACCUGGCUCCUAUGCGACGAAAAGCUGACGGCUCUGUUGAUCUCGCCGCGGCCAGUGUAGCACAGAGCCAACGGGUACGUGUAUCGAUUGAGAGGGAUCAGACAAUAGUUGGCCGCUCUGCCCUGCCGAGCCCAACUCCCCCUGACGCGCCACUCGAAGCUCGUGUUCUAGAGGCAAGAAACACCAUUUUCCAUCAAGAGCUAUGGCAUGAGAUCAACCGGGAGGCCCGCACUCUUUUGGCUCACAACGUGCGUCUUGAUGGUUCUACAGUUGUGGUCGAGAUGGACAAGAGUACCAAAGCUGUGUUCAGUCUGGUCACACUUGGCGAGAAUGAACCGGCGGCAAGCACAGGCAGCGACAGGUCUUCGGAGGACGUUCUUGCUGAGACUGUCAGUAGUGCGCUGAGCCUGCUCCUAUCUCAUGCACACCGUCUAAACAUGCGUAUGCGAUCACAACCUGGUCCUCCGCAUCUGCGGCGAUCACGCCUUGGACAGCCGUACGCCUUGAUCAAGGGAGUCAUGGCAUACUUGGAGUACGAGAAUUCCGUUGGAAACGCCACUCGCUUUAUGUCGGAUCUCACUGUAGUCCUUCAAUCUGCCGGCUACCCGCAUGCAUCCUACACGCUGACUGAGCCGUCCAUCACAAUCUCGAGCUCCUCUGCACGUCACGCGUCGUCCUCGGAGGCUCUUUUGAGCUCUCUCACUACCCCUCGGGAAUUUCAGCUAGAGCUGACGAUGACCCCUAAAGCGCGGGUGCUGAUCAGCGGAACAACGAUCCUUUAUCCGAAUCUUCUCACGAGUUACACCGUUAGGCUUUUGCCGCCCUCUGAUGACGCAGACGCCCCAGAAGACGAGCCACCGCCAUCCAAUGUCUUGCGCACCUUGUUCCCACCAGCAGAAUUUUACCCCAACUUCAGGGAGGUGAUGCUGUGGAUUGCAGGUGCUGUCCCGCGCGUUAUGGCCGACGAAGCAGAGGAGUUUGCGUUCAAGCUUGCCAAGCUCACGCCUGUAGACUCGGAAGAGCGGCGUGACUUUGUAAAGUCAAUAAGCGGCAUCGCUGUGCAUGGCACCCAGCCGGAUCAAUCUGAUGUCAAAUUCGAAAUUCGUCUUUCGGGCAUCGAUCUGAAGAGCGGAGGAGGGCGAGAAUCAGAUGCAGAAAAAAGGCUAUCAGGGCAAUAUACGCCUGAGUUGCAUGUCUUUGGGAAAUGGUCGGCACCGAGCGGCAAUGGUGAUGUUCUCCAACAUGAGUGGAUCUGGUCGGUGGAUCGCAAGGAAAGCAUGUCUCUGGAGGAGGUAUAUCAAGGACUUCUGAGGGGUGAUCUUGUCCUGUGAGCAACUGAUGUACCUAGCUAGUCUAAUAUGUUGUUGGGUCGCUAGGGGACCUUCUUAAACAAUCAACCUCACAGUACAGUAAUAGGGUUUAUAGCCAAUACAACGUUCUCAGUGCU